UGUGCGUGCAGACGGCGCGAGGGGGAGCGAGCGAGCGCCCGCCGCCGCCCGGAGCCCCGCAAUAUGCCGCCGCGGCCCUCUGGCUCUCGGCCAUGGCGAGGUUCUGCCGGCGCGUCCCCUGCACCCUGCUCCUCGGCCUGGCCGCGGUGCUGCUGAAGGCGAGGCUGGUGCCCGCGGUCGCCAGAGCCGAACUCAGCCGCUCCGAUCUCAGUCUUAUCCAGCAGCAGCAGCAGCAAAGGCAGCGGGAGGAGGCAGAGGAGGAGAGGCCAGAGGUGCCAGCGGCAUCCUCUACCUUGACUGUUCCAGUGUCUGUAUUCAUGCUGAAAGUCCAAGUGAAUGACAUCAUCAGUCGGCAGUAUCUGAGUCAAGCAGUUGUAGAAGUGUUUGUAAACUACACGAAGACAAAUUCUACAGUAACUAAAAACAAUGGAGCAGUGUUGAUAAAAGUACCUUAUAGGUUAGGACUCAGCUUAACCAUUAUUGCUUACAAAGAUGGUUACGUGUUGACUGCGCUACCUUGGAAGACUGGAAGAAUGCCAAUAUAUUCAUCGGUCACACUUGCACUGUUCCCGCAAAGCCAAGCAAAUAUAUGGCUAUUUGAAGACACUGUUUUAAUCACUGGAAAAUUAGCGGAUGCCAAAUCACAACCAAGUGUUCAGUUUUCAAAGGCCUUAAUUAAACUCCCUGAUAACCAUCAUAUUAGCAAUGUUACUGGCUAUCUGACAGUUCUACAACAGUUUCUAAAAGUGGACAAUUUUCUGUACACAACUGGAAUUACACUCAAUAAACCAGGUUUUGAAAACAUUGAGCUGACUCCUCUUGCUGCAAUAUGUGUGAAAAUAUAUUCUGGAGGGAAAGAAUUAAAGGUGGAUGGCUCUAUUCAAAUUUCUCUUCCACUUCUACAUACAAAUGAUAUAAGUGUGAGCGAUCGCAUACCAGCCUGGACAUUUGACAUGAACUCAGGUGCUUGGGUAAAUCAUGGCUGGGGAAUAGUCAAAGAAUAUAAUAAUCAUUUCAUUUGGACAUAUGAUGCACCACGUCUGGGGUACUGGAUAGCAGCUCCACUUCCUGGAUCUAGAGGUUCAGGUGUAAAUGAAGAUUCCAAGGACAUAACUGCCUACCACACAGUGUUUCUCACAGCCAUAUUAGGAGGAACAAUAGUCAUUGUCAUUGGAUUUUUUAUUGUUCUGCUUUGUUACUGCAGGGGUAAGUGUGGUACUCCACAGAAGAGAGAAAGAAAUAUCACUAAACUUGACGUUCUCAAGAGAGAUCAGACAACUUCAACAACGCAUAUAAAUCACAUCAGUUCAGUCAAAGUUGCAUUAAAAGCUGAGGAAAAGUCACAGUUAUUCAAGGCCAAAAAUUCCUCCCACAGCCCUCCAAAGGAGGAGCCUUCCACUGCAGAAGCAGAAGAAAGAAUUUCAAUGGUGAAAACUCGGGACAAUUUUAAAAUCUACAAUGAAGAUGUUUCAUUUCUAUCAGUCCAUCAGAACAAUUAUUCAAGAAACACAGCACAGUCUUUGGAGCCCAAUGUGGGGUCCAAACAGUCUAAACAUGUUAACAACAAUGUCCCUUCAUCAUUAGGUGACGCACAAGAGGAAAAGAGGUAUCUUGCAGGCAGUGAGGAGGUGUACGGGCAUUCCCACAUUCCUGAGCAGCUUAUGCAUAUCUACAGCCAGCCCAUUGCCAUCCUCCAGACAUCUGACCUUUUCUCUACUCCAGAGCAGCUGCAUGCUGCUAAAUCAGCUACUUUGCCAAGAAAGGGACAGUUAGUCUAUGGCCAACUCUUAGAACCAGUAAACAGAGAGAACUUUACCCAGACAUUGCCCAAAAUGCCAAUGCAUUCUCAUGCCCAGCCCCCAGAUGCCAGAGAAGAGGAUAUGGUGCUUGAAGGUCAACAGAGCUUACCCUCACAGACUUCAGACUGGAGCCGCUAUUCCAACAGCCUCCUGGAGUCUGUCUCUGUUCCUGGAACACUAAAUGAAGCAGUGGUAAUGACUCCGUUUUCAUCGGAGCUUCAAGGAAUUUCAGAACAGACCCUCCUAGAGCUGUCCAAGGGGAAGCCCUCUCCUCACCCCAGAGCCUGGUUUGUUUCUCUGGAUGGGAAACCAGUCGCACAGGUGAGGCAUUCCUUCAUAGACCUGAAAAAGGGCAAGAGAGCUCAGAGCAAUGACACAAGCCUGGACUCCGGAGUGGAUAUGAAUGAGCAUCACUCCAGCCGCAAGCUGGAGAGGGAGAAAACAUUUAUCAAAAGCAUGCAUCAGCCCAAAAUUCUUUACUUAGAAGACUUAGACCUGAGCAGCAGCGAGAGUGGAACUACUGUCUGCUCCCCUGAAGACCCGGCUCUACGGCACGUCCUCGAUGGAGGCAGUGGAGUCAUCAUGGAGCACCCUGGAGAAGAGUCGCUAGGAAGGAAAAGCGCUAUUGAAGAUUUUGAAGCUAAUACAUCCCCCACUAAGAAAAGGGGCAGACCACCGCUAGCCAAAAGAGACAGCAAGACGAAUAUUUGGAAGAAACGAGAGGAACGCCCCUUGAUUCCCAUGAAUUAAUUCUGACAGUAGCUGUGUUUCUGCUGUCUUGUGCUGUUGUUCUUGCUUCUUGUUGACAGUCACUGUAUGAACUUAAGAAGUGAGACCAAGCAAUCCCAUGGUCCUGGACUGUCUAAAGCAGGGUAAAUAGUAAACUGGUAACUCAGUAAUCAGACAAAAAGAUACCAAGGAAUGUUUUUUCUGGUCUAUUGCUUUCAUUUAUUUUGAGGUGAUGAAUUUGAAGUACCUUAAGUUUUCAAAAUGUAAAAUAGUGUGAGAUGCUAUCUGAAAACAACGCCUGCCUGGUAGCCAGUUGGGCCCUGACUCUCUUCAGAGUAACAGUGAAAUGCGUGCUUCUACAGUUGCUUCCAAAACUAUUGCCUCUGCUUUAAUGCAUAACCCUGUGGAACACUUAGAAAUGAAAUGGUCUUAUUCAUGCUUUGUGUUCUUGUGAAAUGUUAUCGUGUUCACCUCUGCCUAUACUUGAAAAUGGAUGGAUAAAUGUUCUGGAUUGGUGUUAUUCUAAAGACCAAGUAGCAUUUUUUAUUGCUAUACACAGCAUGCAUGUUAUAUCAUCCCAAAGGUAAACCCUAAACCCAUAUGCGAUGGCAAGCAGCAGCUGGGUUGUCACAGAGAGAGAUGCUAGUUCUGUUAUUUUUGGGUAGAAUUUCACACAGUACGAUGCUGUUUAGAAAUUUGAGACAGAAUUCUGGCACUGAGUUAUUUUUAUUCUCAAUUUCCAUCUUUUUUUUCCUUUUCUAAAAUAAAGUGAGCUUAGUUGACUAGGAAAACUUUUACCUGUCUGAAAAAAGAAUCUGGCAGUUUAAGGCUCAAUGAUUCAUGUUAGCAAUUUUAAUGUCUUUCUUCUAAUCACAAACAAUACACUUAGUCACUUAAAAGGCUUUCAAACUUGAUUUUUUUCCCUCAAAAAGUGUUUAUGAACAUCAGAACAUUAAAAUAUGUGAAGACAAAGGAUGUAAAUAUUUCAGCAUUAUGCCCGAAGUGUCAGUGAAUAGAAGAAAGCUAUUUUCCAGAGGCUCAAAUAAUAUCAGGGGCUGUUAUUGUGACUCAGCAAGUUAAGCUGCCACUUACAAUGCCAGUAUCCCAUCUCAGUGGGAAAUGACCCAGGUGCAUGGGCCUCUGCCACCCACGUGGGAGACCUGCAAGUGUCCGUGGUGCCAGCUUGGCCUAGCCUGGCCGUUCGUGGAGUGUACAAACAGAUG